UGUAGUCAGCACUUUCUCCUACCCAAGGAUGAGCGGGCGCAGCAAGCUUUCCGGCUAUGUACGGAGAGGCGGAUACAUCACCGAGGACAGGGUGCCACUCCAGAUCCUGAUGCCGCUCAAGUUGAAGCAGUCCGUGUCUGGGAAAUCGGCCAGUGACUCUGGCGUCGCCUGCAUUCAGGAAAUGUCCGUCAUGUUCGCCUGCUUGAAGAGUAACAACUUCUCAGAGAGUCGUUGCCCCAAGGAGAUCGCCUCGUUUCAAAAGUGCUGUACAGAAAACGCCCAGGCCAAAAAGCACAGGAAGGAAAUGGAAAGAAAAGGAAUUCUCAAUCCCGGCGAGAAGAACCUGUCGCAUAAGCAAGUGGGACAGCUUCUGAAGAAGUUCCCCUAGUGAAGAAUAUUUUUUCAAGAUUGUAGAUUGUAUAUAUAGCUAGUAUACUUUUUUAAUUUAAUUUUUCAUAAAUGCCUGUCCAUUUAUCUACACCCUGGUUUAAAUUCUUUGUCAAACACUGAUAUCUAUUACCUUUUCGACUUCGCAAAUCUUCAUUCAUUAAAAAUUGAUAUAAUAGAUA